UCGAUGAGUUGGCGUCUAGUCGUUUUCUUAGUCGUGAUUGCAAGCUGCGAAUUUGGUGGUGGAGAGAGAUGGCGAGAUAGCCGCGCAGUCGUCGUAAAAAACAUGCAGAAUUCAGUUUUAAUGACAAGACAAAGAAGGGAUGCUCAGUUGUCGUGUCCCGAAGAUCGCGUUAGUAGUGGCGGCAAGGGGUCGUUUAUAUGGCCUCAAACUCUCGCUGGUCAAUCGGCAAAGGCUCCUUGUGAACGACCUAAAGGAGAUAACAAAAUGACAUUUGCUGCUCGAGGGUGUAGCAUAACUGGAGUCUGGUUGCCAGUUGAUAACAGCAGGUGUCAGUAUUUGUCCGACACAACUGCAAACUUGGAUGAUUUACAUCAAAUGCCCUUGAAUCAUGACAAUGUCAGAACAGUAGCUGAAGAGCUCACGAAUCUCACAAUCGAUUACAAUGAUUUUGUAUCAUUCGACAUCGAUUUGUCCGUUGGUGUAGUUGAGAAUGUCAUCAAAGUUGGCCACUCUGACAACGACGCACUUGUGGACUUAAUAACAACCGCUUCACAGCUUUUUCAACUGGACCAGGUUACUCUCAAAGAAGCAGAGGCGUAUUACAACACAAGUUUAAGGCUUGUUGCUGCUAUCGAAUCUGUAGCAAGGCAAUACAACUUGUCAAUAGGGAGUGUAUCGGUACCAGUUAUAGAGACAAGUCAAAUCAGUAUGGAUAUGGUCGAGGUGACACAAGGUAAUUACUCAGGAAUAACCUUUCACCAAUCAAGAUCAUCAGCAGAUGGGAAGUAUCAGCGUCGUCCCUCACGUUCAUUCCAUAGUGGUGCCCAAGACAAGAACGAUGUAGAAGUAGGAAUCGAGUUGCCGAUGUCGGUACUUGACCAUGUCAUUGGAGUUACGUCGGAAUCAUCUGUUCGUGUCAACUUUGUCACCUACGAGGCAAACAAUUUAUUUGUGGACAGCUCGCUAAGUAGUGGGAAUCGAGUGGAUAACAACACGAAAGUGAUUAGUGCAUUUGUUGGUAACAGCAGUGUGUAUAACCUCACAAGCAAUGCUACGAUUGUAUUUGCUCCACUUCAGCCUGGAUAUGCACCUCAGUGCGUCUAUUGGGACAACAGCAUAAAUGAUGGUUUUGGUGGUUGGAAGAGUGAUGGCUGCAUACUGGUUCAAAACACUAAAGAUUAUGUUUCCUGCGAAUGCAAUCAUCUCACCAGUUUCUCUGUCAUCUUCUCAUUGUGUAAUGGUAACUGCCCAUGUGAAAGUGUUAGUGAUAAGGCGCUCUCGUUCAUUUCAUAUGUUGGCUGUUCGCUGUCAAUGCUUGGAUUGUUGUUGACAAUAGUCUGUAUUCUUGCAGCCAAAUGUCAUAGAGGUCAAAUUAUGAACUCUUCACACAUUACUGUCAACUUCUGCAUUGCAUUACUACUUGCCAUGGUCGUUUUCACGACUGUCCGCACGGCUGUGUCUCUAGCUGGAGCAUGUACUGCUGUAGCGGCCCUUCUUCACUUCCUUUUGCUGUCAACAUUUCUUUGGUUGAUGAUGGAGGGAAUGUGUAUUUAUCGUGACCUUGUUGUUGCUAUGGGAAUCGAUCAGAGCUCAACAAAGUUUCGCAACACAGCGUAUGCUAUUGUUUGGGGAAGCUCAGCUUUAGUGGUAGUGAUACUACUUGCUAUUCAGGAGAUUUCGAGUGCUGUGGCCGGUGGUUCGUCGGAUGGUAAUUCAACUAAUGUUACGGGAUCCUCUGGUCAUAUUGAGAUUUAUGGAGUUGUGGAAGUGUACAGAGAUGAUGACAGCACAGAAGUUGACCUCAGCUAUUGCUGGAUCACUAAUACCGGAGUCUUUCUGGGAAUGUUUGCUGUUCCUGCUCUUACCAUCGUGUGGCUCAAUUUCUUCAUCAUAAUCAGGGUCUACUUUGUUUUACGCACUCGAUCUAAGACGCAGGCAAGAAUGACAACAAGACGUGACAAAACGGAUGGAGGCAGACGAAUGAAAGGGAUGAUAAUGGUAUCACUAAACUUGGGAGCAACAUGGCUGUUGGGGGCCGCAACUCUAGUUGACUAUCAGGGUUUCUUUCCUGAUGCCGAUGGGCCCGGUGACGUGAUCUGCAGCCUUCUCACUGUAUUUCAGUAUCUCUUUGCUGUGUCCAAUUCUCUACUCGGUUUUCUUAUUUUUCUGUUCAACGUCUUGCUCAACAACCGGAUACGUCACCAGCUCAUGUCAAGACUCCAAAUUCGCUAUAAGCCAGAGCAACAAAAGCCGGUCAAGAAGGAACACAAGGGUCUGACUCUCAAGUUUCUUCCUAAAUUACUAACACUAACAAGGAGCAAAGGUGGUGAUAAAGCACAUUUCGAUUUGUCUGCUGAUGCAACAACUGACAGUGAUCUGGGAAUGACAACAACGCAUGAUGAUGAUUUGUAGAUGUUUUGUAAUCUUAGGACAAAUGCUUUGAUUUGAAUUUGAGUAACUAUUUGAUGCUUAUAAACAAAAGUAUUAUUAUUUUCAUAAACCUCUC